ACAGCACCUUAACCGAGUCAACAUGACAGCAUAAGUAAUGUCGGCCACAUACAAGCAAAGGCUCAGAGGAUGGCUCAGCUAUGCAUUUGCUAGUGAGGUCUUUGUGGUAGUUUCCUUGACACUUUUUCUUCCCAUUUGUCUGGAACAGUUUGCCCGUGACAAUGGAUUCUUGCAACCAGAAAAGAUUGAACCUUGCUCUUCAGUCUCGAGCACUGCGCCAGAAAACGCAGAUGCCAGGUGUGCAGUGAAGAUUGGUUGGUUGUGGAUAGAUACCGCCAGUUUCAGUCUCUAUGUCUACUCGAUAUCUGUCGCUCUGCAAGCGCUCACGGUGAUUUCAAUGGGUAGCAUAGCCGACCGUCCGUUAUACAGAAAACCCCUUCUCCUCUCUUUUGCUGCGAUGGGCGCAUUCGCCGCGAUACUUUUCCUCCUUCUACCGUCAUCAUCCCCUUUGUGGAUGGUGUCCGCGCUAUUGGCUAUCUUUGCCAACGUUGGUUUUGGAGCGUCCGUAGUAGCCAUGAACGCGUACCUGCCCUCAUUGGCGAAAGAUUCUCCAGAAGUAGUCGAAGCUUACUCCGACCUGCACCGAGAUGAGAAUGUCGCUCUGUCUACAAGCGCUGAUGGUGAAUUAGAGUCCUCUCUCGAUCAAGUGUCAGAUCCUCUUCUCGGGCAUUCAAUCCACACUAGCGCUUCUCAACCGAUUUACACUGCCGCAUUAUCGAGAGCGACCUCGCGAAUAUCAUCCUUGGGAAUCGCUUCAGGCUAUGGCGCAGGAAUCAUCCUUCUCUUAGUCGCACUCGUACCUGUAACCCGCCUAAAUGGAUCUACUUUCUCGCUCCGUCUCGCCAUUGGCCUCAGCGGCAUAUGGUGGGCAUUAUUCUCGAUUCCUGCUGCUAUCUGGCUCCCAAACGCAAGCAACAUCGACGAACCAGAAUGCGGUUCUAUCAAGCCAGAUGACGAAUGGACCUUCGGUUCAGAGAUUGCAGCUGCAUGGAAACGAUUGGGAGUUAUGCUUCGCUGGCGGGAGAUAAAGCGUCUUCAACAUACCUUCAGAUACCUAGCCGCUUGGUUCCUUCUCUCCGAUGGUUUCACUACUAUAACAUCAACCGCUAUCCUGUUUGGGAAAACAACUCUGCACAUGGAGCCUUCAUCCCUCGUCCUCAUCGGCGCAAUCACACCAACUUCAGGAAUCAUCGGCUCUCUGGUGUUCCCCACCCUCCAACGUAAAUUUAUGUGGUCGAACCUCCACGUCCUAGUCCUCCUCGUGACGAUGGUCUCGCUCAUUCCGGCGUACGGGUGCUUGGGAUUCCUCCCCAUCUUCCAGGGAACUGUGCGCUUUGGCGGAUUGACGACGCAGGGAGAAAUGUUUGGUCUUGCGGUGUAUUUCGGUUUUGCGUACGGCGCAUUUCAGAGCUAUGCUAGAGCUUUCUACGCGGAAUUAUUACCUCCGGGGGAAGAAGCCCGAUGGUACGGUCUUUUCUCGAUAACAGACAAGUCGAGUUCUUUCGUUGGUCCGCUCAUCGUCGGCCUUAUCGCGGAUAGCACGGGGAACAUCCGCUACGCGUUCUUUUUCCUUGUGUUUAUGGUAUGGGCGGCUGUGCCUGUGCUCCUCAGCGUGGACGUCGAUGAGGGAAGGCAGGACGCAAGGGAAUAUGCCCAGCUAAAACCUAGGUGACUGAGCGUGGAUGGUGGUUAGGCGUGAGGAUAAUGGGCCUGGCGUGACAGCUCGUGGUAGAACGCGAAAUCUGCUCAUUCACCAAAUGUACUUUGUCGAGAUUUCACGAGAUUCAACCUCAUGUGAUUUCAUUUGGACAGUCGUCCUUGUGUUCCUAACUGCGAUGUUUGUAUGUGCAGCCGGGGUAGCCGGUGGGGUGGCAACUGGAGCAAUACUUUGGUAUGAGAGCAGUAAGCCCUUGGGGGUGACAGCUGUUGUCAUACCAGGAUGUACACCGUUCAUUGUGGUAGUAUAUACUGUCAUCGGAUUUAGGGGUCGUUUGGCUCAAGCUCCUACUGUCUAAUACAUAAUUCAUUGUGGCACCAA